AUGCUUGAAGUUGAAUUCUUGUCGGUGGUAGCCAGCACAAAAAUUAGGUCCGUAAACGAGAAGCACAGCUACAGCCAGAACAUACGAUUGAGCUUCCGAGCCGAUCAAGCCAAUGGCAUUCUUCUGAUCUGCAUUGGUCGCCGCCCAACCGAUGACAUUUCCGGUAUGGCGGUCGACUUUCUCGUGUUGGCCUUACGAGAUGGCCACCCUGAGCUCACACUCCACUUACUUGCAGAAUCAGAAAAUCGUGAGGGUCUUUCUCCUCGGGCCAUUGCUGCGGAGGCCCUGCGGUCUGACCCAAUGAUCCAGUCAUCCCUAAAUGGUCACGAGGUUCAUGGAUCUGGCUCCAAACUAAUGCAGUCGGACAGGUCUUCUUAUAAAGAUGGAAUCACAGGCGCAAAAGAGGCGAAAGAAGAGGCAAGAGUGGCGACAAACAGUGAGGCAGAAAACAGCCGCUUGAUCCGGAUCAGAGCACAUGCCACAAUGGAUGAUGGGAAAUGGCACACAAUACAAGCUUUAAGGUAG